AUGGGCAUGAAGAACAAGAUUGGAGAAUGCCGAACGAUUGGAUGGAUUCUGGGGAAAUAUGUGUUUGUAGUGCCCCAAGUGAGGGUAGUUCUGUUUCCUGUGGUUCUGAGCAUAUGCGUGGGGAAGUAUUUUGAGACACGGCUUGCAGGGUGCAUCACGAGUAUCUCUGAUGGCCUGGGCAGCGAGGCUGUUCCAUACGGAAGCAUUGUUAUGUUUCUUGCGGUUUCGCUGAUGGACAUAAUGUUCAGUGAGCUGCAGGGUUUUUUUUUUGCAGGCACUGUGCAGAGGGUGUAUAGGAGCACGCUGCGGACCACUUUUGAGCACUUCAUACGCCUGGAGACAGAGGAGUUUGAAGGCUAUGGAACAGGAACGAUACAGAGCAUUGUGGGCAGGAAGAGCAAGGCGGUGAGUGAUCUUGUGGAAGUGUUUGUGCAGAACAUUCUGCCGAUGGUUGUGUCGAUUGUGCUUAUCUGGUGCUCUGUGUAUUGGAAUCUUGGAGUGAUUGCGCUUGGGAUAGUUGUGUUUGCAGUGGUGUUGUAUGCAAUGGUGACGAUAUCGAUAGCGCUGUCGAGAAACGUGGUUAGGAGGAUGCUGAACAAAGCAGAAAACAGUGCGUCGAACCUUAUGUAUGACACGCUGAGCAAUCACGAGGCUGUGGUUUCGUUUGAUGGAUAUGAUGUAGAGGUAAGCAGGUACGAUAGAAGGCUGAUGGACAUUGAGAGGCACGGAACAGCACUGUUCAGAGGACUGUAUCUGCUGAACAUGCUUCAGAAGCUGAUAUUUGCAUUUAUGAAUUCGUCUGUGAUAGCUCUUGGCGCAUAUGGGAUUCUGUGGGGCAAGAUGGACAAAGGAGUGCUGCUGUUCUAUGUGACGAUGAGCAGGAUGUUGCUGGCCAACCUAAGCAAUCUUGGAUACACAUACUGCAGGCUUUCUGAGGCAAUGCUGAGCAUCAAAGAGGUUGUUUUUAGCGAUGGAGAUAUGAAGGGCGGAGUCGGGCUAUGCCUGGGAAAGCUCAAGACAAGUAUUGUGUUCAGGAAUGUCAGCUGCUAUUAUAAAGACAAGCGGGUGCUUGAUAGAGUGGAUCUAGAGAUCAAUAAAGGAGACCGUGUUGCGGUUGUUGGAUCGAACGGAUCGGGGAAGUCGACGAUUCUCAAGGCAUUGCUAAAGCUUAAUAGAAUGCAAGGAGUUAUUCUUGUCGAUGAGGUCAACAUUAUGGCAAUAGAGGAAAGGGCGUUUAGCAGGAUGAUGGGAUAUGUUCCACAGAACUCGCUGCUUUUCAACGAGACAGUGAUGUACAACAUCAAGUAUGGGUGCCCCAGUGUGUCUGAUUAUGCAGUUGUGGAGCUUGCAAAGAGGUUUAAUGUGCAUGACAGCAUAAUGAGACUUGAGAAGGGAUACUUUACAAAUGUUGGAGAGUCUGGAAAGCACAUCAGCGGAGGGGAGAGGCAGAAGAUUGUGAUCCUGAGGGCACUUUUGAAGAAUCCGGAGGUGCUUGUGAUGGAUGAACCAACAUCGAGCCUUGACAAAGAAGCAGAGAAGAGCAUUAUCGACAUGAUUGUGAAUUUGUGUAGCAGCAUGACGGUAAUAGCAAUUGUUCACAACCUUGAGCUUCUUUCGUUUUUCAACAAGGUUUGUGUGGUUAGCAAUGGGAACGCAACGAUCCUGGAGAGCACGUCGAAAGCAUUCGAGGUGGCCAUAAGCAAGCUGAGCAGUCAAGAUUGUGCAAUGAACACUGUAAACGAAGUAGUACAGGGAGUUGCUAAACUUCAGCAUAAGGAUUAA